AUGGAAAUCAGCUCAGCCUCAACUGCCCAGAGGCCCAGAAGGGAAACGAGGCCCAGGAAGAAGGCAAGGCUCAUGGCCCAGCACCCCACUGGGUGCCAGGAAGAGGCUCCUAUUCAGGAGGCCAGUGCUGAGGGUGCAGGGGUGAUUGCUUGUGCCCUGGUCAUGUCCCGCUUCCAGAGUGGACGGCAGUGGAUGCUGACAAGGAGGCGCCUGGUGAAGGAGAAUCGGGAAAAGGCUCAGUCAGCCCUCCACAGUCUCUUCCACGCGUGGGACAGGGAGGGCUAUCAGCUGCCUGCUCAGCCUCCACCCCAGCAGGAGGCACUGCCCCUGGUGCGGGACAUUGUGAUUCACUCCCUGCAGGAGGUCUUGCAGAGUCGUCUUCAGGAGCUCCCACAGCUGGUGCUGAGAGAGGAAGCCGUGCAGAACAUCGCUGCUGGCAUCGAGGCAGCUCUCUUUGACCUGACCCAGGAUACCAGCUGCCGCUACAAGGCCAAGUACCGCAGCCUGGUGUUCAACCUGCGUGACCCCAGGAACCCGGACCUGGUUCUCAAAGUGGUUCGUGGAGAUCUCACCCCUCACAGCCUGGUGCGGAUGAGCUCGAUCCAGCUGGCCCCCCAAGAACUGGCCCGCUGGCGGGCCCAGGAGGAGAAAAGGGUCCUGGAGAACAUUCAGCAGCAGCAAUGGCCAUGCAGCCUCCCAGCCACCAAACUGACCCAUAAGGGCGAAGUAGAGAUCCCACGGAACACUGACCAGACACUGACCCUGGAGGAUCUGACAGGGGAAUUGAUGUUUUUGAACUGUGACAUGCCUGCCAUGUCAUCAGAGGACACCACGGCCCAGCAUGAGCACCACUUCCUAGACCCCAACUGUGAACUCUGCAAGGACUGGGAGCCCUCGUGUGAGCUGCCAGACCACUUCGAAACCACCAGAAGAGUGGACAGUAUCUUCCAGAGGUUAUCAAGCCCACCCCCUGUGUCUCCAUCAAAGAUGACCCUAAACAGGGAGAAGCCCCCUACCGAUACCCAGGACAGGCCCCACACACCUGCUGGAUCCUCAAAGGAUCUGCCCGGCGAGCCACCCUGGGUGGGGUCUCUUGACAUGUUCUCCAUCAAGCGGUUCCGGGCCAAAGCCCAGCUGGUCUCAGGCCACAGCCAUCGGCUCAUCCAGGCUCUGCCCGAGGUGAUCCGCUCAGCGGGCUGCAUUGCCCCCAACACUGUCUGGGACCUGCUGGCCAGUGUCUGCUCAGCCGAGGCCAAGGACAUCAGCGUGGUCAGGCUAUGUCCACAUGGGCCUCAGGACACCCAGAACUGCCGCCUCCUCUAUUCCUAUCUCAACAAUAAGCAGUGCCAUUGCCUGGCUGCUGUGGACGACGUGGGGGUGGUCCUGCUGCCCCUGCCCGCCUUCCAGCCCCUGCCAGCCAGACUGCGCUCUCUUGGGGGCCCAGGCCUGGAAGUCACUCACUCAAGCCUGCUGCUGGCUGUGCUGCUCCCCAAGGCAGGGUUGUCUGAGACUACAGGUCCCACCCCCUUUAAGGGGAAGGUGCGCAAGACAGUCUCCUUCAACAGGAAAGUGGAGACAAGAUGCUACCAGCCAGAGGACCCCAGGCAGGAUGUGGCCUUGAAGGGCGGCUCCCCUCCUCCCAGGGCUGUCCUGUGGCAGAGCCAGGGCCACAGCACCCUGACUCCAAGAGUGUCACACCUAUGGCCCUCCAGAGGCAGAGGGAGACUGUGGGGAGAGUGUGAGGCCUCUCAGAGUCCUGGGCGAAGCUAUCAGCCCCCAAAGCCAGGUGGGUGCCACUUAUGGAACCCCUCGUCAACACCUCCAGCCGGCCACAGCUUUGGCCAUGGCCAGCACCUCCACAAGGCCUCCUGUCCCCACCUAGUCCUACUCCAGCACCUCGAAUCUCUGGUGACUAUUAGCCGCCAGCUUCAAGCCUCGCUGUGGCCCCCAGGCCAGGAGCUCCCACCCCUAUACUCAGCAGUGUCUGGUCAGCAACCAACAGCCCCUGGAGGCCCUGGCCUCCCUGCAGUUCCAGAACCUCCUGGCCCAGCCCUGGGCUCUUCUUUGGAUCCCAUGGAUGAGGCUGGCCUCCUUCCCAGAGAAGUCUGA